CGGUGGCGGUGAAGGCAGGAGGGUGAGGAUUUUGGAAAUGGCUACUCCCCAGUCGGUUUUCAUCUUUGCCAUCUGCAUUUUAAUGAUGACGGAAUUAAUUCUGGCCUCCAAAAGCCACUAUGAUAUCUUAGGUUUGCCGAAAUCAGCAUCGGAGCGCCAAAUCAAGAAGGCCUUUCACAAAUUGGCCAUGAAAUACCAUCCUGACAAAAAUAAGAGCCCUGAUACGGAAGCAAAGUUCAGGGAGAUUGCAGAAGCCUAUGAAACACUGUCAGAUGCUAAUAGGCGAAAAGAGUAUGACUCUCUUGGACACAGUGCUUUCACUAAUGGCAAAGGACAGAGAGGUAGUGGAAGUCCUUUCGAGCAGUCUUUCAAAUUCAAUUUCAAUGACUUAUUCAAAGACUUUGGUUUUUUUGGUCAAAACCAAAACACUCGGUCUAAGAAGCACUUUGAAAAUCACUUCCAGACACGCCCGGAUGGCUCUAGUAGACAGAGGCAUCACUUCCAGGAGUUUUCUUUCGGAGGAGGACUGUUUGAUGACGUGUUUGAAGAUAUGGAGAAGAUGUUCUCUUUCAGUGGCUUUGACCCCACUGGCCGGCACCCUGAGAAUAGAUUCCAUGGAUCUAGCAAGCACUGCAGGACUGUCACUCAGCGCAGAGGAAACAUGGUCACUACAUACACUGACUGUUCAGGACAGUAGUUCAUGUUCUUUGUUCUCACAAAGCCCAGCUAGUUGACUGUUCUUCAAUAUCUAUGAUGCAAAAACAGUUUUCUGUGAACUAUUUUGACAAGUGAAUGAUUUUACUUAACUUGAUACAGCUGUUAAAUAUAUUUAAAUUGUUUUUGACAAAUUAAUGUUCAGUUAGUAGAGAAAUUGUUAAUUAUUAAUUUCUCUGAUUAGUAAAGGGUCUUGAAAAAGAAAACAGAGAUGUAAUUUUGCCUGGUCUUUUUCCUCCACCUGUGGCCAGUUUUAUUACCAAGAGAGGAAUGAGUUUGCCUGAUUUAUAUUUAAAGGUUAAACUCUUAAAUUUAUUUUAGAUUUAAGUUGUAUGAACUUGAAUGAUUUUGCAGUGAAACCUUUGCUAACUUGAAAUUGCAUGCUCUGUAGCAUGGCUGACAUGAGUUGCUGAGUGUACGUGGAACUGGACAGUGAGUCGUUAAGUGAGAGCAGUGCCUUGGUAAACUUCCACUGAACGCUUUGGGAAGGCGUG